AUGCCUUCCGACCGUCCACCCCCCGACCGCUAUGACCGCGAUCGCCGCGAAAUCGAGAGCGACCGCGGCUACGACCGCUACAGCGAAGUGCGCGAGCGUUUCGAAGAGGACGAUGACCAUGUCUACGCACGGCGCUCCGGCGGCGGACCUCCGAGCUCCCUUGGCCCUCCUCCCGGUCCCCCCUUGAGAGACUCCCGGUCUGUGGGCCCACCUCCCCGCGGGGAACGAUAUCGCGACGACGAUGACGACAGCCGGGUUAUGUACCGCGAACGGGAGAGGUCGCGCGAGAGAACACGGCGCGUGGUGUACGAAGACGAUCCGCCCCCGCCGCGCCGGCGUUUCUCGCCGUCUCCACCCCCACCGCGAAGAGAGCCACCUCUGCCUGUGCCCGACGAGCACUGGCGUCGUCCGGCGUCGCCGCCUCGGCAUCGCCUCGAGCCAGAGCGCGAGCUGGAGGUCGAACGAUCGCGCGUGGUGUUUGAAGAAAGGGGUCGGCGCCGGAGCCCAUCGCCGCCGUCGGUUGUGUCUAGUCGACCCCCUCCGCGCUUGGUGCGUCGCCAGUCGAGUUUGGAUACCUUUGAUCGCAAGCCGGCAAAGCGGUACUGGGAGCGCGACCAGCAGCGCGAGGAGUACGGCCCGCCCGCUCGCCGCGAGGAUUAUCGUCCGCCAACAUACGUGGAUAUCCCGCUCCCGCGCGCCAAGGCGCUGCCUCCGCCGCGGGGGUAUGCCGAGCGGGAGACGUUUGAAGAUAUCCAGAUAUCGGACCCUCAUCGGUAUGGAGACGAGGAGUUCAGAGCAUACCCACCCGAAAGGGUGCGUGAGACGGAGACGAUUAGGACAAAGCGGCGGACGAGAAGCCGCGAGGCGAGGACUCGAAGUAGGAGACGGGGGCGAUCGUCGAGCUCGAGUAGUUCGUCGAGUGAUGGGGGCACGACACUCACGGCUAAGAGCGAGUAUCCCAAGAAAGGGAAGACCCGUAUUCCCGCUAAGUUGGUGUCGAAGCGGGCGUUGAUUGAGAUUGGGUACCCUUAUACGGAGGAGGGGAAUGUGGUCGUUGUGCAAAAGGCUCUUGGGCAGAAAAACAUUGAUGAUUUGUUGAAGCUGAGCGACGAGUACAAGAAGACUGAGGCAGAAAUCUUUGCCGCCCGUCCCAGCAGCGCCGAUUUCAUCGAGGAGCGCAUCGAGCGCCGGACCGAGAUCUACGAGAGCACUCCCACACCCACACUCGCCCUCUCUCCUGCACCCGCUAUCCCUAUCCUCCCCCCUCCGCCCCCUCUCCAGCCCGGCCAACCUGCCCCAGUCAUCAUCGAUGCCCACCCACCCGCGUACAUCACCGACUAUCACGACCACCACUCCCCAGUCGAGGUGGUCAAAACCACCGUUCUCCGUGAACCGUCACCCGCCCGCUACACCACAUCCUCCUACGACGCCUACGAAACCACUACUUCCUCCUACGACACCUACACCAACGGUCCCCCAACAACCCUCGUCGUCGAUCGCUCGCGUGAAGUCUCCGGCCGCGUCCCCGUCGGCCCGGUCGCUCUAGCUGGUGGAUCCCGCCACAGCGGCGUUUACGAGUCAGACGACGUGCGACUUGUGCGGCGCGACCGUAGCCGGCACGGACACAGCCGGACCCGCAGUCGGCACCGCAGUAUGAGCCGCGGCGCGGAGUUGGUGCGUGCGGAGCGGUUGAGUACCGGGGAGCUGGUGCUGUAUGAAGAAGAUGUGGAGCUGAUUGAGGAACCGACGAGGGCCGGACCACGGCUGGAGAGGGAUAGAAGAGGUAGGAUGUCUAUUAGUGUGCCGAAGUAUCGGUGA